AUGGACUCGUUGCAAGUUCCAGAGCCUCCCAGUGUUGUGAGUGCGAGUAAAAGUACACCGUUGAAGAAAGCAGCAACCGCCGAUUACGUCUCAACUCCCAAUCUACUACAUCAAUCGCGCUCACUCGAUCCCGGCACCAUGUCCAUCUAUGCCGCUGCUGCUUACGAUGCCAACAAUAUUCGUCGUCAACGAUCCGAGUCCUUUGUACAACAUCAUCAUCAAAGGAAAAGCAAGCAAAGAUGGUUACAGGAACAUAGCGAUCAAGACUUUAUGGUGCGUGCCCCUUCUCAAAUGUGCCUAACUCGACAUCAUCUUGUAUCGCCACCUAUGCCAUCACUCAAUACACAUCAUCACGCGUUGGAUACCGAGAUUUAUCAUCAGCAUCAUACCAGCAAUGGAAGUAAUAAUAGCAACAGUGAUCGACGUAGCAGUGUCACCAGCGAAACGAGUAGCAGCAAUAGUAGUCAAGAUGUUUCAGGCACCAGCACCACAACAACAACAUCUGCAACGGUGAUCAAAAGUAUGGAGGCUACCAAACACGAGUAUUUUCCACCAACAACCGACAACACGGGGGCGUUGCUUGGGGGUGUCCUUAUUCGACGUGCUGUUCGUCCAAGCCUGAUGGAAACCAUGACCAGUAACACGGAUAAUAAUACGACGACGACAACAACAACAUCUCACAAGGAGCAAUCUAAAAAAAGCGACUCACCAUCAUCAUCAUCAUCAUCCAAAAAUAAUACCACAACAACGAUUGAUACAGCAUUGACAUCCAUGACAACUCAAGAACGAUGGACACCUCCACCCAUCAUGUCACCAGAAAGCCUCUAUGACGAUGGCAAGAUACCCUUUUCUUCUACACCCACAUCACCCAGUACCAGCAACCGCAACUUGUUCAAGCUCAAAAAGAGCAACAGCCAUUCAUCAUCAUCAUCCCCUUCUCUUUUCCAUUUCAAACGAUUUGGCAGUAAACACGAGCUUGAUCCAUCCGACAAUGCCAAGCUAGUAUCUCCACCACCUCCUGUAUCCUUUGAAGAAAAUCCUGAAACGGACUGCUAUGGAUUCCGCAAAGCAUCACAAUGGGUCACCCUUGAAGAUCAUCAUGCCCACGAGGAAAGCUAUCAAGCUGUAUUGGAAAGACGAUUGAGUAAAUGGGAACAGUUACUCAAGGAACACGAGUCCCGGUUACCAGAACGAUGUUCCAAAGUGAAACGAUACAUCCGCAAGGGAGUACCUGCUCAUCUUCGAGGAAGGGUAUGGCUACACUAUAGCGGAGCGGAAGCCAAGAUGGACUCCAACCCCGGUGUAUAUGAAAAGUUCCUUGCCAAGGCUGAAGCGAUGGGCGAUACCAACGAGUUUGCCGAUAUUAUUGCACGUGAUUUACAUCGUACUUUUCCCGACAAUAUUCAAUUUAGAACAGCAUCCUCAUUCAACAACAACAACAACAACAAUCAUCAUGCAUCCAUGGGUAGUACCGCUGCAUUACAUUCACCUGCUAUCAUUGGCGCUUUACGAAGAGUCCUUUCUGCAUUUUCAAUCUACAGCCCUUCCAUCGGAUAUUGCCAAUCAUUGAAUUAUAUCGUCGGCAUGCUCUUGCUUUUCAUGAAGGAGGAAGAAGCCUUUUGGACUCUUGUCACCAUUGUACAAAACCUCUUACCAGCCGGUGUCUAUGACGUGACCAUGGAAGGAUCCAACAUUGAUCAAACAGUGCUCAUGAUGCUGAUCUGGGAACGAAUGCCUCACUUGUGGAACAAGCUGUCAGACAAAUCUUCAUUUUGGGAUUCUGCAGCUGAUAGUGCAUCCAUGCCAACCAUCACCUUGGUUACCAAUCAUUGGUUCCUCACCUUGUUUAUUAACAUUCUUCCAAUCGAGACGGUCCUUCGUGUUUGGGAUUGUUUCUUUUAUGAAGGAUCCAGUGCUUUAUUUCGCGUGGCAUUGACAUUGUUCAAGAUGAGUGAAAACCUUAUCAUGUCUCUCAAGGAUUCGCUGGAGAUCUUCCAGGUGAUACAGAACAUGCCAAAACGGAUCAUUGACUGCCAAAUGUUGAUGGAGAACACUUUCCAGAGACAUGGAUCGCUUACACACGUUACGCACGAAGAUCUCGAAAGACGACGAGAAAUGUGUCGUGAUCGACGACGAUCAGGCCGUAUUCCAACGCAUUCAAAAUCACGUACAUUGCCUCGAUGGAAGCUUAGGGCAAAGUAA